AAAAGCCAUGUAUAAUUAAUAAGUAUUUUGCUAAUUUGCGAUUCUGAAUCACAGAUUGACGUUUGUAAUUACCUAGUUAUGAUAGUACUAGUUGGAAAGAAAUAAGUCCCAAACUAACUAAAUGGAAUAUGUGUCUCGCACUAGAAAUUUCUGAUGAUAUACGGAUCUAUUUCACUUGUUUCUAAAUAUAAAAGCCAUGGACUUCUCGAUCCAGACUUAAUGGAAUGACGGAAGACCACAAGGCUAUAACAGAAUUCUGCGGUAGAUCCGGUUGUACAGAAGCUGUAGUGUUGGUCAUAGAAAGGAGACAAGACUGCGGAUGAUAAACAACGGAGUUGUUUACAACCAUUUCCAUUAGUUUUGAGAUGAAGAAAGUGAUGUCGAUAUAACAGUUAGAUUAGAAAGAUCAUCAUACGACAUUGGCAUUACCGGCAUCAUCAUUAUUCCUCCAAUAUAACCUUGUUUAUGUAAUAACUAGCUGAAAUACCCAGCAUUGCCUGAGUUAAUUACUCAGAGAAUUAACAGUAGUAAAUAUUUUUGAAAAAACACUCAGCAAAAUUUUCAACUAAGAACACUUUGUAGACCUUUUUAUUUUUCUUCUUUUAUGAAUAUAUUUUUCAUAUCCAAAUUCCAGACAUAUGCAAGAUCAAUUCUGUAAAAAUUUGUACACAAAUUCAAAUCCUUUGAAUCCCUUUUUAGUUUCUGCUUAAACAUAAUCCUUACCCUUACUCAAAAUUGUAAUCCUAAGUGCUUACACGAAACCCUAGCAUUAAAUGCUGUCCCUCAGUAGAGCAAGAAAGAGCAUGAUAUGAAAGACGUUUGUGUGUGCAGAAAGAGAGGGAUGAGAAAAAAAGAAUGAGUUUGGUUUAAUCACAAAUAUAGUUGUAGAAUUAAGUUAUUUCUAUUCGUAUAUCUAAUGUCUUAAACGUAUGUAUAUACAUGUUAACAGAGUAAAACUUUGAUGUAAAUCAUUCCUUUUCUUAAAGGUAACAGCGUGUGACAUACAUACAUGCAUACAUAGAUACACACAAACACUGUUUUCAUUAGUUAUUGUCUGUCUGCUACAACUUGGCUUUGUAGACUGACUGAAAGCACAUGCGUGUGUAUGGUAGAAUGACAGCUGUAUUAACAUUAUCAUCCUACUGCUACUCCAUAUUUAUUGCUUACACACUUCUGUUCUCUCUCUCUGAUAUCAGUCAUUCUCCCUGUGCUACCUCAUUUCCCUCACAUUCUUGCACCUUUCUCAUUUUAUCCAAAAAUAGCCCACAGUACCAUCACAAUUUUGUAAGUUAUAAGACAAGAUACCGAAUUAUAGUGAAAUAUUUCAGCUGAGAUCAGUACCAACAUUUCUUUACUCCACUGUCUGGAAUGUAAAGAAGAUGGUUUUGCAUUUUAACUAAAUAUGGACAGCACCUGAAUUUGCAGGAUCUUUGAAUACCAAUGAAGAGUAGGGUUAGUGGAAAAAUAAUAACAGGAAUAUUUGUUAGGUAUUCACUAUAAGAAUGUAAAAAGAAAAAAAUUAUGGGAACUGAAUUUUGUGACAAUAAGUGUAUAUCUAACACUCAGUUUAAGAGUUUGGGUUCUCUUAAUGUUAUAAACAAAGAUAAAGGAGAAACAUCAUAUGACUGUGAGUUCUGUGGAAAGAUAUUCUCUCAAAAGCAUUACCUCACUACACACAAGCAUAUUCAUACGGGAGAGAAACCAUAUAUUUGUGAUAUCUGUGGUAAAUCAUUCUCUGUAGGCAGUACCUUAACUAAACACAGGCGCAUUCAUACAGGAGAGAAGCCAUAUCAGUGUGAUAUUUGUGGCAAAACAUUCUCUGGAAGAAGUGACUUAACUGCUCAUAUACGCAUUCAUACUGGUGAAAAACCAUACUGCUGUUAUAUCUGUGGUAAAUCAUUCUCUAGAAGUAGUCACUUAGCUGAACAUAAACGUAUUCACACUGGAGAGAAACCAUAUCAGUGUGAUGUCUGUGAUAAAUCAUUCUCUCAGAGUAGUGAUUUAAAAGUACACAAACGCAUUCAUACAAGAGAGAAACCAUUUCACUGUAUUAUCUGUGAUAAAUCAUUCUCUCAAAGGCAUCAUUUAACUGAACACAAAGAUGUUCAUACUGGAGAAAAAACAUAUCAUUGUGAUAUCUGUGGCAGAUCAUUCUUUCAAAAUCGUAGCUUACAUAGGCACAAACGCAUUCAUACAGGGGAGAGGCUAUACUACUGUGAUAUCUGUGGUAAAUCAUUCAUUCAGAAUAGUGAAUUAGCUAAUCACAAGCGUGUUCAUACAGGAGAUAAAUUAUAUCUCUGUGAUAUUUGUGGUAAAACAUUCUCUCAGUUUAGUCAAUUAACUAUACACAAACGUGUUCAUACAGGAGAGAAACCAUAUCAUUGUGAUAUCUGCAAUAAAUCAUUCUCUCUUCAUCACCACUUAACUAGACAUAAACGUAUUCAUACAGGAGAAAAACCUUAUCUCUGUGAUGUCUGUGGUAAAUCAUUCUCUCAUUUAAGUACCUUAAUCUCUCACAAACAUAUACCAACACAAUCAUAAAUUAAAGAAUUCACACAUUUGUUUAAUAUAUAACAAUGUGUGCUACUAAAUAUCACUGUAUGAACACAAAGAUGUGUUCAUACAGUCUUUGGAAUAUAGUCUGAUGUUUAAAAUGCAUUUGGAGAGACAGUGAUGGUUUUAAAUGAAUGUUACUCAUAUUCAGUGGGAGUCAUGUUUUCUUGACAUGGAGAGAAACCAUGUCAUUGUGAUUCCCAUAAUAAAUCCUCUAGAAAAGGCAACUUGACUACAUAUGGAUGUGUUCAUAUAGAAGAGCGACUGCAUCCACACCAAGUUUCAACUUGUGAUAAAUACAACAUAGCAAGCAUACUUUUUAAUUUUUGCAGUGGGAAUUUAAUCCUUUUCCUUGUUGGCUUAAACUGUAGUCUUAUGAAUAUUGAGGGUUUUUUUUUUUUCUUUUGAUUAUUCUAGAAAUUUUAUCAAUACAUAGCAAGCACACACUGCCACAUGGAAAUGUUUCCAUAUUCAUACUUUCUUAUGUGGGGAAAAGGCACUCUAUUUAGAGGAAUCUGUAGUGGGGGAGUUUAGCUCAAUCGGUCAGAGCAUUGUGACGCGUAAUCACGGAGAUGUGAGUUCAAGUCCACAGCUAACCACCUACACUUUUUUUCUGCAAAAUAGGGGUAGUUUAUCCUGUUCAGGCUAUAUUAUUAGCAUUAUCCUGCGAUUGAGAAUUUAAAAUCACUUCUUUAACUAUUUUCUUAUAUUUUUUUUCAUUGGUAAACCUAUAAUUCUAUAAAUAUUUUUAUACAUAAUGAUAUGCAUAAAAUUGUUACUUUUAACCAAUAAGAUAAAAUUUGUGAUUAUUAAACAUUAUCCAGUAUGCA